UAGUAUCACUUUAAGAAAGUGCAGAUAGGAGGAGGAGCUGGUUUCUAUAGUGAACAGGGACAACAAAAGCAGCAGUUUCACAUCCUCUCUGCUGCCCAAGGCAAAUACUGAACAAAGCACUGAGCGGGCUAAUGGGGCAGCCUUUCUGCACACCUACAGCUCAGCUGAACAAUUACAGCUGUACAUAAUGGCUGAAAUAACAGAGCUCCACCAAGCCGCUGCGCUAGGGGAUUACGAUUUGGUGUCACAGAUACUGAAGAAAGGUCUCUAUGACCCAAACUACAAAGAUGGUGACUGGAAUGACAGGACGGCCCUGCACUGGGCUGCGGCCAAAGGCCAAGCAGAUACGGUGAAGCUGCUGAUUGAAUAUGGGGCCCGGCCUUGCUUGAGGACUGACAGUGGGUGGACAGCAGCUCAUUUUGCAGCGGAAUCAGGGAAACUUAGCGUUCUGAGGGCCCUGCACUCCCUGCAUGCUCCCAUUGACAUGGCAGACCUACAUGGAGAUACCCCAAAGAGAAUCGCAGAGAUAUAUGGCCAUAAAGACUGCAUCAAGUUCCUUGAAGGUGCAGAGGCAGAAUGUGCCGUGUAUCGGCAGACAGCAGAAGCAGAGGGAAACCCUUUGGAUGAACUGGAUGAGGAGUGGGAGGCAAAGAAGAGGGAGCUUGAGGAGAUCCAAACAAAGAGGAGAAAUAAAUCUGUUAAACCAAGAGAUCAGAACCAGGACCCUCACCUGUCGCUGUUUCACAAGCCUCCCAUAGUGCAAAGGAAAUCAGCUGUACCCAAAAGUGCAACAGAGCAGAAGGGGAUCAAGUAGCAAUUCCGCAGGACUUUACAGACAGGAAUUUGUGAGAGGAUUCCCCUAAAUAAACACAUGGCUAAUAAGCAUGGAGACUCGGUGAGUAGCACUUCUGCCUUGCAGCGCUGGGGUCCUGAGUUCAAUCCCAAGGAGUCUGUAUGUUCUCUGCAUG